GGCACAACAAAACAAAGCUUAUCUUGGCUUGUGAUGCUUUAUGUGGACAUUACGGAGAGGUCCUGUGUAUUCAGGGUGUGUCAGCCCCUACACAGCUACACACCGCUUCACUGAGGCUGUCACCUGAAGGCAGCGCUCACUGGGGUCUACCGUCAUUGGAAGUUUAUUCGCCGAAGACUCGGGACCUCAUUAGUUAUUUACUAUCAGGAUGCAAAGGCUGACUUUGGGCUUUUAUUCAUCAUGGACAGUGGUCAAGUUCAAACUCCAAUGACUGAGACCCGGCCAUCGACAGCGGGGCUGAUAGAGCUACAUGUCUAUCUUGUGCCAGAAGAUCUAUGGAACCCCAAAUUAAAUAAGGUUUCUCUUGAUGUGAUCUGGAGAUUUAUUUCACUUGGAUUCAUCAGGGCGCCCCCUGAUAUGAAGCUGCGGAUGCUGAGAGACAGCCUUGCUGAAUUCCUGGGAGAAGAUGCAGUCACAGACAAGUUUGUGUUCUUGAAAUGUGUUGGGAGCAGUCUUGCUGUGGUAAAGUCAAGACAAGAAUAUGAAUUGAAGCUAAAGUCAUUUGCUCCACCAUAUGCACGUGAACCAGAAUUAUAUCUCCUUCCCGGGUUCAGUAAUGAUGGAAGUACGUACGGAUCCACAGUUACACCAGAUCAGCAUCAGUUUCAGACCGAGUAUUCAGCCUCUGAGAAGUCUGAAGCGCGGGUUGAUGCCAUCAACGAGGGAAAGAUUACAAUCCAGCCCAUCAAUGAGAACAAUCCGACCGUGUCCCAACCAGUUCAGGAUGAAGGCAGGAGCUACCUAUGGAAUAAGAAGAGACAGCACAUUGUGCCACUUACACACCAGAUGCAAUAUCAAGUUCAGAUUGACGACAGCAGCAUAUUACCCCUGGUGAACGGAAACGUCUCCAAUGUGAGUAAGAAGUCAGAAGUGGUCAGUUCUGAGGACACUAAGAAAUUAUCAGGACGAAACCCGACUGGUGACUCUGGGAUCGCAGAAUCUCUCCUGGGUGUAGAAAGUGAACGCUCCCAAUGGAAACGACCAGAAAAACCUGUUAAAGAAAAUCCUGCAAACAGGAAGUCAAAGGAUCAAAACCAUCAGUUUGGUGAUACUUCUUUUAGACAUCUAGCAGAGCCAGCUCACUACCAGCCUCCGCCAUCUCCACCACUCCUACCAGAUUUCCCAACGAUUGAAUCUCCAAAAUCCCAGAUUCCUUCACACGAUGAGGCAAUUGUACAGCAGUUAAAUAUUGUAAAAGAAGAACGGAUCCAGCUGGAGAAAUUCCGGGAGGAGCUAAUAAAACGAAUAAAAUCUUUGCUAGAACAGCACAAACUCAGGCGCCAGCAAGCCAGAGAUUCCUGGAAAAAAAAGUAUUUUGAAACCAAGAAAGAGACAUCCACAUUAGAAGAAAGACUGAACAAGCUGAAAAUUGAAAUGGACACUUACUACCAGAGGAUUCUGACACAGCUGGCAGCUCGAGACAGUAAAAAACGUGCAAAGCAUCCGACACUUGCUGCCAACUCAAAGAAUUCCUUAAUAAUGUCAAUAACCACAAAACAUCAUGAACUUGACCAGCUGAAACGUAAGGUGGACAAUGCCAGGAUCAAGCUGGUCAUCGAAAUUAAGAUGCGAAAACAGGCAUCUUCUGAUCUGAACGUUCUGAAAGCUGAAUUAGCCCAGAAGAAAGCGCAGGCCGGGUUGUCCAGUCCACCAUCACUAUAUGCAGCAUGAGGCUCCAUCGACAUUAUCAAAUGGCAUUUGGAACCGAUAUUUAUGUCCUUGUGCAAUGGACGGUUUUCUACACAAAUCAUAAUUUAUUUUAUGGAAGAUUGUCUGGAAAGUGCACAGUCAUGGCACAGUGUAAGCCUGCUUGCCUCUUGGACUGAAGUUUGAAGGACUAAAUGUUGAACUACUGGGAAGUCUGCAUGUUCUAUUUGAGCCCAAUUGAGAAAUCUGGACAAUGCACAUCUUAUAGGGAUAUCUCAUGAUGGGCAAGAAUAAUACGUUUGAAAAUUAAUAUUUAAUUUAUGGACAAAAAAUAUUAAAACAACACUCCAGGCAAAGCGACAUCUGAAAAGACAUGACAUGGAUUCAAAGACUUAGGCGCCCUGCACACAAACAUUUUGUUUUUCCAGUUUACGUUUCUUUUUUGUGUGUUCCGUAUACGGGACCAUUCAUUUCAAUGGAUCCGCAAAAAAAAAAAAAAAAAAAAAAAGGUACUGCGUAUGCCUUCCGUUUCCGUA